AUGGAUCCAAAGGAAGACAAGGAUUCGACAUACAACCCCUUUGAACAUCGGCACGUGAAAAAGCCGAAUUCAGAUAUGCGAUCAUUGGCAAAUUUAAUCAAGGCGUCCCUCGGCUCCGGUCUCCUUGCCAUGCCAUUGGCGUUUGCCAAUUCGGGGUGGGCUUUGGGUGCUGUUAGCACAAUCAUAAUAGCGUUCAUAUGCUGUCAUUGCGUUUAUAUAUUCGUCCAAACAUCCCACGGGUGUUGUCGCCUAGUUCGAAAGCCGUUACUCGGUUAUGCGGAAACGUGCCAAGUGGCAUUUGCAUUUGGGCCUAAAGGUGUACGACCAUUCGCUAAAUUUGCCGGGGUCUUUGCAGAAUUCUCAUUAUUUUUCACCUAUGUUGGAGUUUGUUGUAUAUUCACAAUACUUAUUGCUGAUUCGAUUAAACAGAUAUUUGACCGAUACGUCACAACUGUGGAAUUGUCCGUUGAAUACUACUGCCUGAUCUUGCUCGUCCCUCUAUGCAUUAUGUGCCAAAUCAGAUAUUUGAAGUGGCUUGCCCCUUUCUCUUUGUUGGCCAACAUUCUACUAGUCGCCACUUUUGCUAUAUGCCUAUAUUACAUUUUCAAAGAUGAAAUAACGUUCUCAGAUAAGAAAAUAAUUGGGAACGCUAGUAGGUUUCCAGUUUUUCUCUCGACAGUUAUUUUCGCCAUGGAGGGCAUGGGCGUAGUGAUGCCCGUGGAGAACGCUAUGAAGAAACCGGAACACUUCCUCGGUUGUCGCGGAGUCCUGGUAAUCGCGAUGACGCUGAUAAUGCUUUUGUAUACAACCCUGGGCUUAUUCGGAUACUUCAGAUACGGCGAUUCUCUUAGGGGCUCGAUAACUUUAAACCUCCCAAUAGACGAAUGGCCAGCGAUUUGUGCGAAGAGUUUUAUAGCGCUGUCAAUUCUAUUCACUUACCCAUUGCAUUUCUAUGUUGUGCUGGACAUAUUCACAAGGUACACAGAACCGCAUAUAAAGGAGAAGUACCGGUCUAUCACGCAAGUUGUCGUCCGGAUUGUGGUUGUGUGUUGUUCAGGUGGCAUUGGAAUCGCGCUACCGAUGUUGGAGCAAAUCAUCAACAUCGUCGGCGCAUUUUUCUACGCAAUCCUCGGGCUUAUUAUUCCCGGUGUUAUAGAGACCGUCUUCCGAUGGGGGAAUCUCGGGAGAUAUAAAUGGAUCCUGUGGAAGAACGUGUUGAUAGUAUUAUUCGGAAUUGGCAGCCUGCUAUCUGGCUGCACGGUAACAAUUAUAGAUAUCAUUGAAAGACUUAACAGCAAGACGGAA